AUGCAAAACAUUAUCUCGAAAGGACAAGUUUUCCCGGGUGAUUCUAACCCCUACGACGCUGAUACCGAUCUACUAUACAAUGCAUUUGUCGUGGCUUGUGAUCUAUUGUGUGGUACCCUCAAGCUCUGCAGGUAUAUCCAGGAGCUACAUACAACAAUACAGGGGUGGAGAGAUAGCUUGGAGCUCAUCAGUAAUCAACUGAACAACCCGGACCCGGAGAUCCUUAAUGAGUACUUCGCAAAAGCAGACUCAGAUAUCGUGCAUAACAUUUUUGAGUUGAUGGCGCAGGAAAUUAGUCCUUCUGGAAAGUUCAAUAUCUGGGUUGAUAACCAAGAUGCGGCUGGAUGGUGCGUCCAGGAUGCUGUUGAAUGUUACAUCAUUGAUGUGGAUAAGAACUCAGAAGAGGAAAGAUUCCUCAGAGGCCUAGGCAUCACUGGGCCUGUUGAGGGAGAUGCGAUCUAG